AUGGACCCGACCAGCCUCACCUUUCUCCUGGUCCUGGUCACCCUCAACAAGGUGGAUUUAUCGGGGGGGUAUAUUAUAUUAUAUAUGUACAAUAUGUACAAUGAUGUUGAUGCUCAAUAAAAAGAACAUGUGUAAGGAUGACCUGUUUGAUCGAUCUUUGAUUGUCUGUGUGAUUUCCCAUCUUCUCAGCUGCUCGUAGUGGCGAGUCCCGCUGAAGAAAACUCCCAAAACCAUCUGAACCAUCGAGGUGAACAUCAGGUGACACGCAACCAGAUCGCCACGGCCCAGUACGAAUGUUUCCAACGUAUCAUGAGGGAGUCGCACCGAAAAACCAAGACUUUGGGUGAGAGGAGAUCUAGUUUGGGGUUUAGGAAAUCCUCCUCGGACACAGGUUCGGAUGAUUGAAGGUGUGUGUGGUUUCUGCUCUGUCAGCAGGUUUGGAGUGUAACACCACGUGGGACGGCUGGUUAUGUUGGGAUGAAACUGAAGCCGGAGUGACGACCGAGCAGAGCUGUCCGGAUUAUUACACGGACUUCGAUCCUCACGGUAAAGUCUCAUGUUCAUGAUCCAAAUCUCUCAGCUCCGCCUCCUCACGGGGAUUUACUCCUGUCUUUUUUUUUUUGUGCCCGAUGUGAGACACGAAAUCUACACCUGUCUUUAAUAUGGACGUCAAUCUGUGCCAUCUGAUUUUUAGGUUGAAAUUCUAAAGCUAAAUUUUUUUUUUUUGCAUCAAAAUCAGACUUUUUAUUUUUUUUAAACUAUUGAAUUUCAAGCAUUUAUUUAUUUAAUUUUUAAUUUUAUUAUUUUUUAUUACAUCAAAUAUAUUAUUUAUUUAUUUUACUAUUAUAUUUAUAAUUUUUAAAAAUGUAUUUAUGUUAUUAUUUAUUCAUUUAUUUUAUUUCAUUUAUCUGUUUUUUAUUUUUUAUUUCUGACAAUCUUUUUUCACAAUGAUGAAAUAAAUUCAGUGUAAAAAAAUCGGUCUCUCAAAAUAUUCGUGUACUAAAAAAUUUAUGUCAAAAAAUUCAACUUAAAAAAAAUGGAAAAAAAAACUGCAACAUAAAAAAUAAUUCAGUGUCAAAAAAUUUACUGAAUUUUUUUUUAUGUUGAACUUUUUUUUUUACAUUGAAUUCCUUUUUUUAAUUUACACAAUAUUUAAAAGUUGAAUUUUUACUAAACAGAUCUUCUGAGAGAACGAUUUUUUUUUACACUGAAUUUAUUUCAUCAUCGUGAAAAAAAUAAGUGUCAGAAAUAAAAACGUGUUCUUGAAAUUAAAUAGUUUUGAAAUUCAAAGUCUGAUUUUGAUGCAAAAAAAAGUCAGCUUUAGAAAUUCAAACUGAAAAUCAGAUGGCACAGUUUGACUUCCAUACUUUAACAUCAAAGUAAUCAGACGUUCGAUCUGUUCGUCCUGACAGCGAUGGCCAUCAAGGUGUGCUCAGAGACAGGUGAGUGGGGGCGCCACCCGGAGAGCAACAGGACGUGGACGAACUUCACCAACUGCCGAGCCAACACCACCCAUCACGGCACGGUACGGACCGACCCGAGGGUUCGAUAACGGUUCUGACUCAGCGACUGUGACUGAAGGUGUGUGUGUGUGUGCGCGUGUGUGUGGUGUGUGUGUGUGUGUGUCUCACAGGUGGCCAUGACUCACUUCUACCUGGUGAUGAUCGGACACGGUCUGUCGCUGGUGUCUCUGCUGAUAUCUCUGGGAAUCUUCUUCCAUUUUAAGUAAGUCAGCCGUCUGUGGUCUGUGUCUUAGUGAGUGAAGUUCUUCUGAACCGGGUCAACGUUGGAGAACCAGCUGGUACACUGCAAAAAAGGAGGGUCUAAAUAAGUCUAAGAUGCAGGUUUGAAGAUGAGAUCCUUGAACUUGAACUUUGUCUUCAGGAGUCUGAGCUGUCAGAGGAUCACGCUCCAUAAAAACCUCUUCCUCUCCUUCGUCCUGAACUCCGUCAUCACCGUCGUCUGGCUCACCACCGUGGUGAAGAAACAAGGACACACCUACAAUGACUCGGUGAGUCUACCUGUCCAGGUGUUCCUCCUGUCUCACGGUCCACCUGGGCUCACCUGGUUCUCCUCCCUCCUCUCAGGUGAGCUGUAAACUCCUGAUGUUCAUCCACCUCUACCUGCUCAGCUGUAACUACUUCUGGAUGCUCUGUGAGGGGAUCUACCUGCACACGCUCAUCGUGGUCGCCGUCUUCGCAGAGAAACAGCACCUGAUGUGGUACUACCUGCUGGGCUGGGGUAAGAAGACCAGAACCGGAUCCCUCGGCCCCGGGUCUCGGUCUCUCAGACUUCACUAAAGUCCUGUUUCGUCUCCGCAGGUUUUCCUCUCGUCCCCGCCGUCAUCCACUCGAUUGCUCGCCACUGUUACUACAACGAUAAGUGGGUCAUUCACAGGUGUGACUGAGAUUACCUGUCCGUGUUCUGUGUUCUGACUAACCCGAUGACUGACUCCACAGGUGCUGGGUCAGCUCUGACACCACGCUGCUCUACAUCAUCCACGGACCCAUCUGCGCCGCUCUCGUGGUGAGUCACUCAGACACGGACCUGCCUUCAGGUUUUCCUCUUUUAUUUAUUAUCACUUCUGUUUUUAUCAAAUUCAAUAAUCGUUUAUGUUUUUCUGCCAACGUCGAACUGAAGCUGCUGUGGUGUUUGUACCAGUAACAUACUGGGGUAUGUUUGUUUACAACUGGGAUCGCUAACGACAACAGCUGACAACAGCUGACUAUUCCUAUUAUUGUUUUUAUUUGAUCUGCUUUGAUUCAUUUUAUUGCUUGAAUUGUUUUUAUUGUUUUUUUGUCAUUGCUUUUAUUUUCAAUUGCUUCUAUUAUUUUUUAUUAUUUUUAUUGUUUUUGUUGUUUUUAUUAUUUUUAUUGUUUUUGUUGUUUUUAUUAUUUUUAUUGUUUUUGUUGUUUUUAUUGCUUUAGUUUUUUAAUUGUUCUUUUUUUAUUUAAUUGUUUUUAUUAUUUUGAUUGUUUUAUUGCUUUUUUAUUAUUUUCAUUGUUUUUAUUGUUUUCAUUUUUUUGCUUUUAUUGUUUUUAGCGUAUUAAUUGUUUUAUAGUUUGUUUGUUUUUUUCUUUUUAUUAUUUUUUAUUGCUAUUAUUGUUUUUAUUGCUUUUAAUUGUUUACGUUAUUUAUCCAUUUUUAUUUUCUAUUGUAAAGCACGGUGGUUCACUGACAGGGUUGUUGUAAAUGGCUGUAAAAUUCAAGAACAUUUACGCUUAGGUCCACAGACCUGAACCUCUUUAGGUCCACAGACCUGAACCUCUUUAGGUCCACAGACCUGAACCUCUUUAGGUCCACAGACCUGAACCUCUUUAGGUCCACAGACCUGAACCUCUUUAGGUCCACAGACCUGAACCUCUUUAGGUCCACAGACCUGAACCUCUUCAGGUCUGUGGACCUGAACCUCUUCAGGUCCACAGACCUGAACCUCUUUAAGUCCACAGACCUGAACCUCUUUAAGUCCACAGACCUGAACCUCUUCAGGUCCACAGACCUGAACCUCUUCAGGUCCACAGACCGGUGUCCAUCUCCUGCGUUGAACCCGUGUCUCUCUUCGGUUCCAGGUGAAUCUGUUCUUCCUGUUGAACAUCGUCCGGGUCCUGAUCACCAAACUGAGGGUGACCCACCAGGCCGAGUCCAGCCUCUACAUGCGGGCCGUCAGAGCCACCCUCAUCCUCAUCCCUCUGCUGGGGAUCCAGUUCGUCCUGCUGCCUUACAAACCCCAGGACCACUGGGUCUCGGAGAUCUACCUCUACGUCAUGGAGAUCCUCAUGCACUACCAGGUCAGUGGAGAGAGCCCACCCUGAAGACCUCCUGGAUGCUCUGCCGUGGUUUACGGUCUCAGAGAUCCUGGUCUCUGAGGGUUUUUCUGCAGCUGUUGGGUCUUGGAGGAUUUCCUGUUUUCACAUCAGCUGUUUUUUUUCAGGGUCUCCUGGUCUCCACGAUAUUCUGCUUCUUCAACGGAGAGGUAAGAUCUGUCCUCGUACUUGUUUUCAGUCUUCUCACUGUCUCUCCUGGUGGUCCUGAGGUGGGUGUCCUCCUGCUCUGUCUUCUCGCAGGUUCAGAGCGUCCUGCGGAGACACUGGAAUCAGCAGCGGAUGCAGUUCGCCGGCACCUUCGCCAACGCCGACUUCUUCCGCUCGGCCUCUUACGUGACGUCGUCGCUGACCGAAGUCCACCGCUGCUACAGCAUCGAAAGUCACACGGAGCACAUGAACGGGAAGAGCUACUCGGACAUCUUCAGAUCAGACAGCCCGUUCGUGUGA